UAAAGAAUAAAAGAACUCAUCAUCAGGAAACCCAGAACAGGAAGUAACUGAAAUCGGAGGACUGUGGGUGUGGGCAUAAUGGCGUUGUCUCUCUCUGCUCAAACGCUUCUCCUCCAUCUCUCGAUCCAGCUGGCUGUAAUGAUUGUUGGUGUAAUGGGUUCGAACGCGAUGCCUAUGGUUAUGAAUGGGCAGAGAGAGUUCGAUUACUUCGCGUUGGCGUUGCAAUGGCCCGGCACAUUCUGUCGCCGAACCCGCCAUUGCUGUUCCUCCAAUGCCUGCUGCCGCGGCUUGAAUGCUCCAACUGAAUUUACAAUCCAUGGACUGUGGCCUGACUAUAAUGAUGGGACCUGGCCUGCCUGUUGCACCCGAUCCAAUUUUGAUGAAAAGGAGAUCUCAACAUUGCUUGAUGGUCUGGAGAAGUAUUGGCCGUCAUUAAGUUGUGGUUCAUCAUCAAACUGCCAUGGUGGAAAAGGAUCAUUUUGGGCGCAUGAGUGGGAGAAACAUGGGACGUGUUCCUUUCCAGUAAUCCGAGAUGAAUACAGUUAUUUUUUAACAGUCCUCAAUGUCUAUUUCAAAUAUAAUGUCACACAAGUUCUGAAUGAAGCUGGAUACCUUCCUUCCAAUACCGAAAAGUACCCUCUUGGAGGCAUUGUUUCUGCCAUUGAGAAUGCUUUCCACGCAACUCCAUUACUGGUGUGCUCAAAAGGCUCUGUACAGGAACUUCAUUUAUGCUUCUAUAAGGAUUUCAAGCCACGGGACUGUGCAGUUGGAUCUGGCAUUCACAAUGACAUGAUCUCUUCAAAAAGCUCUUGUCCUCCUUAUGUCAGCCUGCCAACUUACGUUUCACGUGGACUUGACAGUGCUGAAACUACCCUUUCAUGGAUGCCUGAUGAUGAAGUUCUUUAAGAUCUUGACAGUAAGUACGGGUUGUAAAAUGCUUUCUGUAAUUUAUAUCUGAUAAUGGAGAUAUCAGUGGACAUGUAUUCUAUCCA